CUGGCGAACGGGCAAGAACCACUGAGCUUCAUGAUUUAUUGUAACACAUUUAAAAAAUAUAUUUUUUCAUAUCGCUGGAAAACUUCAUAUAAAGGAAUAUAUCGGAUUUAAUGGAAAAUACACAAUAGAUCCUGCACGGGCUAUGGAUUCAAUCGGCGUAAUUAACUUCCAUCAAACUACUGGAAAAAUCCUUUAAAUUGACAUAUUUCAUUGUGAGAAGGUUCUGGUGAUUUUUUUUUUUUUUUUACCUGUCUCUUUUUUCUUGGAGAGGUAAGCUGUUCUCCCGAGGGAGGGAUGGUUCCACCCCGGCUCCUACAGUGCAUCCUCGCCCCGUCCUGGAACUUCCACAGUGGACCUCCAAGGAGAUGAGACUCGCACUCUACCAGCUCCUCGCAGGCUGGCUCUGCCUCGUACCCGCCACUGCUGAGGAGUCUCCUCUCCCCCGGGAGAUUUUGGAGCGACUCUCCCGCAGUGAGAUCCGGAGCACCAGCGACCUCCAGCGGCUACUCGAGAUAGACACCGUAGAAAACGAGGUGAUCGAAGAGACCAAACGUGACUACGACAAGGUCUUUUCUCACGGCUUCCCCGAUCUGAAGCGAGCGCACACGCAUGGGCGCUACAGGCGGAGCACUGUGGUGGAAGAGGCAUUGCCCGCGGGUUGCAAGGUGCGUACAACCAUCUACGAGAUCCCUCGCAGUCAGGUGGACGCCACAGCCGCCAACUUCAUCAUCUGGCCGUCCUGCGUGGAGGUGAAGCGCUGCACGGGCUGCUGCAAUACCAGCAACAUGAGGUGCCAGGCGUCCCGCAAGCACCACCGCACCGUCAGGGUGGCGAAGGUGGAGUACGUGCGGCGGCGACCCAAGCUGAGGGAGGUGCAGGUGAAACUAGAGGACCAUCUGGAGUGCGCCUGUACCAACAAACACCAGAGUGGCCCAAAGUCUGACACAGACAACGGUGAGAGUACUAACGCACAAUGAGCUAAGUGCAAUUUAUGAUCUUUUUCCUGAGACGCUGUGUCUUUGUAAGUAGAAAGUCAAACGGUGAAGCUGGUAUGUGUCCCACUGUGUUCCUCGAGGAACCCUUUUUUCCAUAGUAAAUAAUAGAGCUAGAAAUAUUAUUUUCCACCGUCAAACUGUGACCACAGUAAAACUUUCUUUAAUGUCAUUCAAGCAAUGUUGGGAUGAUUACUUAAAAAAAAGUAAUUAGUUGUAGUUACUACUAGUUACUUAAAGGGGACCUAUUAAGCAAAAACAACUUUUCUUACCUGAUGAUACCUGCUUUUAUGUAUUUGGGAUCCCCAUAAUUCCCGAAAAUUUUAAAUCAAACUGUGGAGGUACUGUGGAGAUAUUUAUAAAACAAUCUUGCCUUCCGUCAUACUUCUUCCAAACGAGCUGUUUGGAAUUUGCUCUGUCCUCUGACGUUUACUGCCCUGUGACGCCAGCGAAUAUCUCCAUAUUGGUAAAAAUUUACCCAAAGAUCUUUGGGCAAAUACGCCAUUGUAAUCCGACGUGGUCAAUAAACUUUACUUUAUUCUCUCCUCUUGUUGUGAAGCAGACUGGCGCGUACAUGCACAGGCAUCCUCCGCUGUUGCCAUUUCUAAUACAAAGUGGCGUAUAGUUCGAAUUGAUAUCUGUUAGUAGACUCGAUAAGGAAACGCUAUGAACUACAACAUGGUUGGCGGGGAAAAGACGCAGUCGAAAUGGAGCCACGUAAAAAAAGAUUGCCCUCAUAAUGGUGCAUUCUGAAGAGAUGGUCAGAAGGCGGCUUGAAGACGGUCGGUAAAACAUAAUCUAUGCAAAAUUUUGACCAAAGAACCACCACAAGGAAGUGUUUAAAAUGUAAAAAACCCCAUCAUAAUAUGGCCCCUUUAAUUGUUGUUAGGGUUGAAUGUUUUCACAACAUUAAAUUGUUCAUUAUUACCCCGUAGUAGUUGUAGUUGUCCUUUGUGUGUACUUUUAGUGUUGUGUGUUUAGUUUGCUGUAUAAUGUUUAUAGUGUUUUUAGUGAAUUAGACUACAAUGUGGAAUAAUAAAUACCUGCCUUUUCCAGUGCAAUUUUAAGCUUGUUUCUCGACUCUUUCUUACAUUCAACCUCCAUUCAACU